UGGUUUUCCCUCCCUCUUUGCCGGCACCCCUUUCCCCUUUUCAGAAGCUCCUUGGCAUUCCAGGGCGCUGCUGUUGCCAUGGCGACAGUACUGUUAAUACUAUUUUGCGGCCUAGUCGAGAUUUGGAGCCUGGCGGAGGGGAAAAGCAAUGCUACCUCGCCUAACCUUGUCCUGCUGCUUAUGGACGAUAUGGGCUGGGGUGACCUAGGCGUCUUCGGGCAGCCUUCCAAGGAAACUCCCCAUUUGGACCAGAUGGCUGCAGAAGGGAUGCUCUUCCCGAGUUUCUACACUGCCAACCCACUCUGUUCUCCAUCCAGAGCAGCCCUUUUAACAGGUCGCCUCCCCAUCAGGAACGGCUUCUACACCACAAACGCCCAUGCCAGGAAUGCCUAUACCCCCCAGGAUAUAACGGGGGGCAUCCCGGAUUCUGAACUGCUCCUUCCCGAACUGCUGAAGAAAGCAGGCUAUGCCAAUAAGAUAGUUGGCAAAUGGCACCUUGGGCACCAGCCCCAGUUCCAUCCCUUGAGGCACGGAUUCGAUGAAUGGUUCGGGUCCCCCAACUGCCACUUCGGGCCUUACGAUAACAAAGCCGCUCCAAACAUCCCCAUUUAUAGGGACUGGGAAAUGAUUGGCAGAUAUUAUGAAGAUAUCAAAAUCGAUCACAAGACAGGGGAAUCCAACUUAACUCAGAUGUACUUACAGGAAGCCCUCGAUUUCAUGAGCUCCCAGCAAGCCAAGCAGCAGCCCUUCUUUCUCUACUGGGCCAUCGAUGCCACUCAUGCACCUGUCUAUGCCUCCAGGGCAUUCCUGGGCUCCAGCCAACGAGGGAGGUACGGUGAUGCGGUGCGAGAAAUUGACUACAGCGUUGGGAAGAUCCUGAGCCACCUUCGAAAGCUGGGCAUAAGCGAGGACACCUUUGUGUUUUUCACGUCCGACAAUGGCGCCGCUCUCGUUUCCGCUCCUGAACAAGCGGGUAGCAACGGCCCUUUCCUCUGUGGCAAGCAGACUACCUUUGAAGGCGGCAUGAGAGAGCCAGCCAUUGCCUGGUGGCCAGGACAUAUACCAGCUGGGCAGGUGAGCCAUCAGCUGGGGAGCGUGAUGGAUCUCUUUACCACCAGCCUGGCUUUGGCAGGACUCCCGCCUCCCAGUGACAGGGAGAUCGACGGCAUCGACCUUUCGCCCGUCGUCCUGCAAGGCAAGCUAAUUGACAGGCCAAUAUUUUAUUACCGUGGCAACGAGAUGAUGGCAGUACGAAUUGGGCUUUAUAAAGCCCAUUACUGGACCUGGAGCAAUUCCUGGGAAGAAUUUGGCCAGGGCAUUGAUUUCUGCCCAGGACAGAAUAUUUCCGGAGUCACUUCCCAUGAUCAAGAGGAGCAUUCCAAGCUUCCCCUACUCUUCCACCUGGGCAAGGACCCUGGGGAGAGAUUUCUCAUCAGCUUUUCCAGUGCUGAAUACCAAGACGUGAUGGGAAGGAUCUCUCCCGUUGUGGACCAACACAAGGAGACAAUGCUCCCUGGGCAGCCUCAGCUCAACGUCUGCGACAAGGCGGUCAUGAAUUGGGCUCCUCCAGGCUGUGAGAAAAUCGGGAAGUGCUUGGAUCCUCCGCAGCCAGACCCCCAGAAGUGCUUUUGGCCCCAUUGAGUCAUUCUUGGCCUUUCAGGCACCCAUCCUUUCGAUUGCCUGCAGACUGGAGAUUUUGCAUCAACACCUUCGUUGCAUCCGAUGAUCAUAUUUCCCCUGGAAGAAAAGCCUUGUGCAACGAGACCUGGAACAACUUUUUCUUUUCUAUCUGCAGGGCUUUUCCUCCUCUUUAUCUCAGGGUCCUAGCAAUAAUCAUUUUUGCAAAUUCAAGAAGGCAAGAUCAAGGCACAGUGACCUCAGUUUUAGGUCAAAAAUAUUGGAGCUGGAGAUGGACGUUGUUUACAUUUUGUUAGGAAAACUAAUCUUUGCAAAUUCACGGCUGGUCUGGGUUGCAUCGAGUUUCAAAAGCAAGGAAUUCAGAAUAUUUCCAGAUCCAACAUUUCACUUUCUUCCUACAUAUCCUAAGGGCUGAUAUAUUAGUAUUAAGUGGCUCUGGCAGAUAUACAAGGGGCGUUGAUGAAAGAGUUCCCCUGCCCCACUUCCUGUGGACUGAGAGCAAUGAAACAUGGCCCAGUUCUGAGUCCUUCUCUCUAUGGGUGCCACCUAAGGACACACACUUCUCCAUCUUCUGAAGCAGAAAUCAACAGCUUGCUUGUAGAAGUCGACAAAUUGCUCCAAAAGCCACAUUAUAACUUUGGAAACCAGAGUCUCGUCACCUGAAAAAGGUUUGCCCUUCACAUGCCCGUAGCCAGGAUUUUGUU